AUGUUUGACUACCCGGAAAACAACGUGUGCUGGCCAUUACUAGCUUUCGCUUAUGAGGCUAGCGAUAACCCUGUGGCCAAGAAAAACUUCGUACGAGACGCACAAGAGACACUCGUCAUGCUGAUUGACAGGGGGGUCCAAGUCGAUGGCACUUGCGGCCCUUUGGGAGGUGUACUGCACUAUAUCGCAAGAAGACCACUUUCUCAGGGGACGGAUAAUACCAUGGAAAUAAUUGACGUCCUUGUGGAAAGAGGUGUGAAUAUCAAUCAACUUGGUCCACAGGGCACACCUCUGGAGCUUUUGUGGAAACUUGCCAAUACAAAGAAGUACUCAGACAAAUUCUGCGCCUACAGCUAUCGCAUAUUGAUACGCGCGCUCAUUGACCGUAGGGCGGUCGACACACGUAAAGAUCCGAAUGGCCUAGGACCUUCGGUGAUCCAGAUGCAGUUGUUUGGCUGCAACAAGACUGAUGAAAAGGAGUGCAGGCGAUUUUAUCAAAUAGGACCACGCGAUGGGGGGUCGAUAUGGCCGGGGCCAGUGCCACUGCAUCCGGAUGAUGGGGAGGUGGAACGUUUUAGAGAUGUUCCCUUUGACGAGGCAAUCAGAGAGUACCGUGCGGCCAUGGACUGCUAA